UUUGUUACCUUCAUAUGUGUGGAAGUGAUCAAUUUAUAAUGUGCUGUGUAUCGGAAUCUUGGAAUUUUCAAUACCAUAAUUAGCUAAUUGUUCCAAUAUUACACACACGAAUUUAAGGAAUUCCAGCAAUUCAGUUGCACGGGAAGGCCCAACGAGAACAGUUCAAGAGGGACAGGACAAUGGGGAUACUCUUGAUGCUGGACAUCUUCCAAUGUCGAUGAUAGAUUUAUGCAAACACGAAUAGCCAGGGCUUACACUCUGAUCCUCAAUGUCAUCACGGUGACAAUGCUGCCGGUGGCUCUUAUGUCGGCUGUUAAAUUGUAUUACGUGGCUGUUUGGCUGCCGCGAUUCAUGUGGAUAACUCCAUUCGUCCUUUAUGUGGUGAACUACGUGGAUAUGAUAUGAUGAUAUGAGGAUAUGAUUUCGUGAACCAGCAACUGGAGGAGCUCAUCUCCACACCCUCGCCGCUAACAUCUGGUUACGCUGAGGAGAUGCGAAGUCUAUGGUCUUUUCACGCCAGCCUCAGCCAGACAGCGCACAAGAUAAACAGGAUCUACGGUCGUCAGAUGUUACCAUCCCGUUUCGACUAUAUUAUAUUCACUGUCAUCAAUGGCUAUAUUGGUAUGAUUUACACGAGCAGUGAACCCACGACUUUAUUCGCAAAAUGUUAUGGAGGUCUUCUCUAUUGGAUACUGACGGUGGACUUUUUCAUGACCGACUAUAUAUGCGAUUUGGUGGCUCAGUACCAGCGCAUGCUAGCGAGGGCGUCAUGACCAACGAGCUACGUUCGUAUGUGAUCUACCAAAACAGCAUGAAUCUUAAUUUGAAGAUUUGCGGCCUCUUCCCAGCCAAUCGAAAACAGUGGCUUAACAUGAUGGCGGCUAUUCUAUGCCACUCCGUAAUGCUUCUUCAGUACCAGUUGAUGAUGUCCGCUAAGCAACACAAUCAAUAA